AUGUCCACCGCCUCACAACCAUACAAUAACCAAGUAUACCUAAACCGAAUCUUCCUCCUCCAAAUAUUCUCCAACCACUACGACCUCAUCAACACCCCCAACGAACUAAUAACAAACAUCCUCGCAACCGGCGGGCAAAUCCAAACCGACAUCUCCAUAAUCGAAUCCGAGGCCCAACGAGAUUCCUCAAGAGCACAAGUCCUACAGGAUGGGUUCUAUAACCUCUAUGGUAUUGAGUUUGGAUCUGCAAACGAUGUACGGUUGAUGCCGAGGUUGGGGGAGAUGGUGGAUGUUUAUGCUGGGUUGCAGAUUACGGAUUGUUUGGGGGAUGGGUACAUAAACGAACUCGCCUCCCGCUUCGACUACCUCGCCUGCAUGCUCGCCCCAUCCACAGACGAAGCCUACGUAUUCCGCACCUCAAUCCUCCUAGAAUUCGCACACCCAAAUCCCAACCCGCAGUACCGCGACUCCUUCGCCAACGGCGGCCAACAAGUAACAGACAUGGCCAUCAUAAAACACGAGUCCGAUCCGUACAACGUAACUGAUUUCAAAGCCGGGUUUGCGAAUCUGUACGGGAUUGAGUAUCACGAGGGGAUACGGGGUUUUCCGAAGCUUGUGAGGAUUGCGAAUGUACAUGCUGAUUUGGUGACAAUGGGUGAUUUGGGGUUGGGGCAGAUGGAUCGUGAUCGGUAUGUAAGGUUGGCGAGGAUGAUGCUUGGGUGUUGGGGAAGGGUGGUUGAGUAUGGGGAUGGGGAUGGGGUGUUUGGGGAGGGGGUGCCAUUGGAUUUGGAGGAUGUGUAUUGGGAUGUUGUGUAG